UCUGAAGUGCGUAACUUCCCAGAUGAUUUCUUUCCCAGAUUGAGGAAGUUGUGUCUCGAGCCUGAGCUGAUGUGACAUUUGUUCUGAUCCAUUACUGCCGACAUGGAGACGGAUUCGUCCCUGCCUCCAUGUUUGACCCAGACUCGGUUCAGUCUGUGAAAUGACUCCGUCACGAUGUUGGUCAUCGCGCUGUGCGUCCAGCUCGUCGCUCGAGUACUGUGUGAGGUGCCACCAGCACCACCGCAGAACAUCCACGUUGAUAACUGGCUGCUGAAAUGGACUCCCGGCACCAAGGAUACAGAUGUUACCUACACGGUUAAGUACAGCAGUUUUGACAGUGAGAAGUGGAUGGAUGUUCCAGCCUGCGUGAAUAUUUCUUCUUCUUCGUGUGAUGUCACGUCGCUCAAAGCCGUGGACGAGCUGGGCUGCGUGAAGCUGCAUAUCCAGGCAGAGAGACGAGGGCUGAGGUCCAGGCCGGUGGAAGCCUGCAGCAAUCACACUGACUCCUGCACUCCUGAAGUCGUUCUGACCGCCCAGCCCGGGGUACUGAUGGUACACCUGAGCAGUGACAACAAUCUCACCAGGGAACACGCAGAUAACGCCAAACACCGAGUGUACUACGGCAAGGAAGGAGAGCGGCUGAAGUCCUAUAUAGACAGCGUGGCCUCGCUGCCCAUCGAUGGGCUGCAGGAGGGAGAUCGGUACUGUGUGAAGGUCCAGUACAUCUACCACAGCGAGCCGGUCGGACUGCCGAGCUGCACCCAGUGUGAGCUCAUCCCCGAGCCAAAGAGCGAGUUGAGCCACGCAGGGAUCGCCGUGGCCGUGGUCGUGCCCGUCGCCUGCGUCUUCGUCCUGGGACUCCUGAUGGCGUACGUCCUCAUCUUCCACUGUGAGGAGAUCAAACGGCUGAUGCAGCCGCCCUGCCAGAUCCCUACGGAAUUGUUCCAGUUCACCUCAUAUCAGCACCAUCCCGUCCCCACCAGCCCAUGCGAGGAGCAGUUUGACGUCAUCACUUGCAUCACGCCGGAGUAAACCGGCUCGGACUGUUGGAGCCAGCUGGACUCGGCUGUGCUCCUCCCUGACCACAGACUCUAGUCUAACCAGAGCUACGUUCAGCUUUCGCUGCAGGAGACGAACAACUGAACCAUUCAGCAGAACGCUCAAGUCAGCAGCUCCACGCUGUCAUCAUCGCCGCUCUCAUUUGAUUUAAUACUGCUGCAAAUUGUAGAUGUUGAAUAUAAUCACCAAGGUCUAAAGUUUGUGUGUGCCAAAUUGUGCAUUGACUGCAAAAAGUGUCUUACAUUCAGGAGAAGUUGAAAGAUGUCCAAAGUGUACUUUGAUUUGUGGAGAAACUGUUAAAUCAACAUGUGGACAGCGAUCACACGGGAUGAGAACAGCUGCUCAUAGACGUCGACUUCACGCUAGUUUUAAAAGAAGAGGAAGAGAAACUGUGAGACUACUGCUGACUUCUUUUUAACAACUGUACACUAUUUUAUCUGUUUAUGUCCAUUUCUAAGCACUUUUGUAGGCAUUAUACAACCAGAUCAGAAGCAGCUUCUAACAAUCACAGCAUUAACUCUGCUGAUGUAAAACACAGUAAAGACUCUACGGAGGCAUCAGCAACCUCUAAAUCAUUACAAAAGGUGCAAUAUGUAAAAUAAGCUACUGAUCAAAUUCAUGCUGCAGUCAGACUGUUAAAACCUGGAAAUUAGUUUGCGUGAAACAAUCCUAAACAAAAUCCCUGAGAGUGAAUCAGGGCGAUGCUAACUUCCAGUUUAGCCUACAAAAAAAUUGUCAUCCCUGCAGCUCAGUUAUCAGGGGAAGAUCACCAGAUAGCUGGUUAGCUUAGUUAGCUGUGCAGCUAGUGGCCGGAUGUUAUUGGAUAAGAUGGGCCACCGCUAGCUUGUUAGCAUGCUAACUUGAGUAGAGUCUAACACAACCGACCCUUUUCACUGCAGACACUUUUUACAUGAGCCUGUUUACAUGACCACAGUCAUCAGGUUCUGAUAAUCAUGUGAUUCGAUGUGUUUUAUAUGCACUUUACUCAAGAUGUAAUGAAAAAGCUGUAACAAGUGGAAAUGUCUGCUGUGAAAAAGGUCCCAGACACGAUAUCACGUCUGAACUCAGAUGCCAUUUUUAUUGUCCAACGGCACCAAUCAGAGCGCUACACGCCGUUCUCUGGUGAUCUGCUGCCCCCUGUUGGUUUGGAUUAUCCGUCAGCAGAUAGCCGAUUUUUACACACUGCACCUUUUUAAAAACGUGGUAACGCUCCCUCACAAUAGGGAAUUUGUUGUUAUCUGGGAGGACGUGACCAUCAUUCUGCCAUCUGUCCAUGACAGAACACUUCUAAUCAAUCUUAAUCUUUAUUCACCAAUCAAACCGAAGCCUUUUCUCACCUGUUGAACUGUUGAAGGGGACUUUCUGCCUCUUGUCUUGCUUCUCUCCACCUGUCUUAACACCGCUAAAAGUAUUUGUUGUUUUUUUACUCCUUCAUACAUGGUGAAAUCAGCUGUUAGUUGGAUAUUACAAAGUUUUGUCUAGGGUUGAAUAAUAAUAAAAGAUGUCAUGAUGUGUCACUUCACCUUCA